AUGUUCCGCAAUACCUACGACUCAGACAACACCGUCUUCUCGCCCCAAGGCCGCCUGCACCAAGUGGAAUAUGCGCUCGAAGCCGUGAAGCAGGGUUCGGCCGCUGUAGGAUUGCGAUCCAAGACGCAUUCUAUUCUGCUGGCUUUGAAGCGUUCGACGGGAGAGUUAGCGUCGUACCAGCAGAAGAUGUUUCGAAUAGAUGACCAUGUUGGGAUUGCCAUCGCUGGGUUGACGUCUGAUGCACGUGUGCUGAGUAAUUUCAUGCGGCAACAGGCCAUGUCCGAACGAAUGGUCUUCAACCGGCCCGUACCUGUUAACCGACUAGUCUCUGCCAUCGCUGAUAAGGCUCAGUGGAACACGCAAGAAUAUGGUCGACGUCCGUAUGGUGUCGGCUUCCUUGUUAUUGGCCAGGACCAGCUGGGACCUCACCUCUACGAAUUUUCACCCUCCGGCAACUCCUAUGAGUACUAUGCGAUGUCCAUCGGUGCCCGGAGUCAGAGUGCAAAGACAUACUUGGAGAAGCACUACGAGAGCUUUAUGGAUUCCAACCUUGAGGAUCUCAUCCGGCAUGGUCUGCACGCAUUACGGGAGACGCUGCAGCAAGAUAAGGAGCUCACAAUCAACAACACUUCGAUAGGAAUCGUUGGUCCGGCGAGUGAGCACGAGAAGAAUGUGCCUCCUGGGGGCGACUUCCGGAUUCUGGAGGGUGAAGUGAUUGAGCCGUUCCUCAAAACUAUGAUUCCCAAAGAGGGCGCAGAGUCUGGGACAGCUGCUGCUGCUCCGGCUGCCGACCCGCAGCCACCAGCAGCUGGGGACGAAGACGUACAGAUGGGAGAAUAA